CCGAAACAAACGUGAACGAAGCGAAACCCAGACCCACCCCUGUUUUUUUAUUUUAAUUUUUUUCGCUGUUCCUUACUUUUUUUCGUGUACGUACACAAUACGAAGCUCUAUCGAAGGAGCUCGCAGAAGCGAAGCGUAUGGCGGCGAUCUCCGCCCCACCGCCGCCGCCUUCGACCGCCGCCGCCGCCCGCGCCAGAGCCCGUGCCUGUGCCCCGCCGCUCCUCGCGGCUGCGCCGCGCCGCCGCGCUCUCUUCGCCUCCCGCGUCCGCUCCUCAAAGAGCCCCAACGGGUCCCUGGAGGACUCCUCCUCGUCCUCGUCGUCGUCGUCGUCGUCCUCCUCCUCCUCUUCCUCCUCCUCAUCGGGCGGGGGCGGCGAGAUCGAGCACGCGCCGCCGCCGCCCCGGCGGUCGGGGAGUGGGGCGGCGGUCUUCGUGGCGCUCCCCGCCGACGCCGUCGGGGCCGCGGGGCGGGUGGCGCGGCGGAGGGCGAUGGCGGCGUCGUUCGCGGCGCUCGCGUCGGCGGGGGUCGAGGGCGUCGCGGUGGAGUGCUGGUGGGGGAUCGUGGAGCGGGACGGGCCCCGGGUGUACGACUGGUCGGGGUACCUCGAGCUCGUCGCCCUCGCGCAGCGCCACGGGCUCAAGGUGCGCGCGAUCAUGGGGUUUCAUAGCUGCGGCGCGCACCCCGGCGAUCCUUUCUGGAUACCUCUUCCAAAAUGGGUACUUGAAGAGAUGGAAAAGGAGCCAAAUUUGGCGUAUUCUGACAGGUUUAGGAGAAGGAACAAGGAAUACAUCUCACUGGGAUGCGAUACUCUUCCUGUUCUCCAGGGCCGGUCACCGAUUCAAGCUUACUCGGAUUUCAUGAGGAGCUUCCGAGACACUUUCAAGGAUUUCCUUGGGUCUAUUGUAACAGAAGUUCAAGUAGGGAUGGGUCCUGGAGGUGAACUCAGAUAUCCUUCAUGCCCUACCGAGAAGCUAAUGGAAACGACCAGCGAACCUGAACUUGGUGAAUUCCAGUGCUAUGAUAAGUACAUGCUUGCAUCACUGAGUGCCUCUGCGCAACGUGUCGGAAUGCAUGAGUGGGGAGACAGGGGUCCACCCGAGACUAGCCAUUUAAAAGAAAAUACUGAGGAAACAGAUUUCUUCAGAAGCGAGGAUGGCUCUUGGAACACACCAUAUGGUCGCUUCUUCCUCGAGUGGUAUUCUGGCAUGCUCCUUCUCCAUGGGGAGAGGCUAUGCAUUGCUGCCAAUUCAAUUUUCUGGGGCACCGGAGUUUCUAUAUGUGCAAAAAUAGCAGGAAUCCAUUGGCAUUAUGCUACGGCUUCUCACCCAUCUGAACUAACCGCGGGAUAUUAUAAUACCUUAGUUAGAGAUGGUUACCUCCCUAUUGCCCGAUUACUCGCUCGAUAUAACAUGACUAUAUGCUGCACGUGCUUCGAUUUAAGAGAUCCGGAGGAUAGGAUAAACCGUAAGAGUAGUCCAGAAGGGUUUCUCCGCCAACUUGUUGCAGCUGCUAGAGCGUAUAACUUGCCACUAACAGGGGAAAAUUCUCUCACUAAGCUGGAUGAUAAUUCAGUGAAUCAGGUCAUAAAGAGCUCGAGGCUCUAUUCAAGCGGCGCCCAUGAGAGUUCUCUCUCUUUUAACUAUGUGAGAAUGAACAAAAACUUAUUCGAACCUCAGACCUGGAACAGGUUUACUAAAUUUGUGAGGCAGAUGUCUGAUUCCCGAACUUUUCAGGCCAAGCUAGAUUUCAGAAAUACAUCAUUCCUCUCUUCCUUGUCGUCAGUGGAGGAGACUGGGCGUUCGCUUAUCCAUGCUUAAGAAGAGCUUUGGUCCUUUUUUUACCUGCACCGAGCGCCAAUUAAUGCUAAUUUAUAUAGAAAAUUGAACCUGUGGCCCUUUUUAAGAUGCCAGAAGAGAUGAAAGUCUGUAAUUGUCCUUUAUUGCGUUAGUUUGUACCUGUAAUAUGUAUAUAUCAGUUCCCAUCUAAUCGCGUUGGCUCUGUUAUGUUUUUUCAUUGUUCUUUUUAAUGAACCUGGCAUGAAAUGGCUAAUAUUUAUGUUGGACAAUUUUCCUGAGUAUGGACAAGUAGGCUGUUUAGUAUCUUUUUUAUCAUUUGAAACUAUUUGGAUUCUGAUAUAAUUAACAUUUAUUCGGAGAUGUGGGGUGCAAAAA